AUGCCUCGACCUACGCUUGCCUCGCGCAUUAGUCUGCCUAAUCGACUCAAGAGCUUCAACGGCAGCACUGCUUCUAACCCUCCCAGCGGUCCUUCAAGCCGAAGUCAGAGUCCAAAAGCCCGCAUGGCUGACAUCAAACAUACUGGAUUGGUGCUGCGGACCACUGUCAUCAAGGCUCGCGACCUUGCAGCGAAGGACAAGAGUGGUACAAGUGACCCAUACCUCGUCCUCACUCUCGGCGAUGCCAAAGAAGCCACUCCCGUUAUUAGCAAGACUCUGAACCCUGAAUGGAACCAGACCUUUGACCUUCCCAUUGUGGGAGUCCAAAGCCUGCUGCUCGAGGCAGUAUGCUGGGAUAAGGAUCGGUUUGGAAAAGACUACAUGGGAGAGUUUGAUAUCUCAUUGGAGGAGAUCUUCAGCAGCGAGGCCACAAUUGCAGAGGUACAUGAGCGAACCCGUCCAUUCACCCAAAAAUGGUACAAACUAGAGUCCCGCAAGACUGGCAAGAAGAAGAGCGUUGUGACCGGCGAAGUCCUCAUACAGUUCACCCUAGUUGAUACACAAAAUCCUUCUUCGUCUGCUGCCCAGACUCUUGAGAAGUUCAGGAGCUUCAUCAUCAUGAGCCCCGGGGAUGAGGAGGAAGAUUCGCUCGAUCGCAUGUCAAGUCUCGGCGAGCGCGAUGAGGAUAAAGAGGAUAGCAGCUCCGAGAUUGAUGACGAUAAGAAAGAGGAUGUGGAGAAGAGGAAGCGCAGACUGAGAAUGAGAAAUCUGAAGAGAAAGGCCACUCUUCGAGGAUACGAGUUCUCGGACAAAUCUGAGGUCGCCGGUGUUCUGUUCCUCGAGGUCGUGAAGAUUACAGAUCUGCCCCCCGAGAAGAAUAUGACGAGGACUUCCUUCGAUAUGGAUCCUUUCGUUGUCACAUCGCUGGGCAGAAAGACCUAUCGCACACGCGUAAUUCGCCAUAACUUGAAUCCCGUCUUCGAGGAGAAACUGGUAUUCCAAGUCCUAAAACACGAAAAGACAUACUCACUCAACUUUACCGUCAUUGACAAGGACAAAUUUUCCGGUAAUGACUUCAUAGGCAAAGCUGACUUUCCUAUGGAGAAAGCCCUGUCUGUCUCGCCUGAGGCCGACCAGUCGACUGGUCUGUAUAAGCUACCACAGCCAUCUGACUCGCCUCCAUUGAAUGCGGAAAACAAAAAAUCUAGAUUCCGUCUGCCGAUAUCUCGCUCGACCUCCGCCAAUAGCUUGUACAAACUAGGAAAAGCACCGCUCAAGUCACAAAACUUGUCGAACGCUUUGCCUUCAGACCAAGUCGCCACAGCUUCCGCUACGAGCACUUCGUCCUCUUUAAGUGUGCCUCAAGUAGCACCUUCGAGUGAUACUACGGUCGGCAACAGUGGUAUUCCUGCGAUCAACGUGAGCCCUCAAGCCGCCGACGACACAGAACUCAGAAGCUUUACCAUUCCGAUAGAGAUGAAGAACAAAGACAAGUGGGAGUCCAAACACUCACCAGUCCUGUACAUUCGUGCUAAGUACUUACCCUACCUUGCACUACGACAACAGUUCUGGAGAGCGAUGCUCAAACAGUACGAUGCCGACGACAGUGGCAUGAUUGACAAAAUUGAGCUCACCACUAUGCUGGACAAUCUGGGCUCUACUUUGCAUGAGUCCACUAUCGACGGUUUCUUCUCGAGGUUUGCUGGUCAAGACGGGCCUGAAGGACCGCAGAUGACGUUUGAUCAAGCAGUCAUCUGCUUGGAAGACCAACUUAACAAGACGCGGGAGCCAACGGCACAUUCGUUGUCAAGCAGUAUGAUGCGGAGUCUCACAGCCAGCUCGAGUACGGAUGCUGACGAUACACCUGGCACACUCACGCCAUCCGGAACGCAGACCCCUCUCAACAACAGAUCAACGACUUCUGUUAUUCCUGCUAUUGAACAACCACCACUUGGUACGCCAGGCGAAGAAGGUGCUCAUCUGUCGAGAGACGAUCUAGCAGACGACAAGGGUGAAGAGCAUGUCAUUGAGAUUCGGGAGUGUCCGAUCUGUCACCAGCCUCGCUUGAACAAAAAAUCCGACGCUGACAUUAUCACACAUGUUGCAACUUGUGCAAGUCAAGACUGGAGGCAAGUGAACAACAUUGUCAUGGCCGGCUUCGUGACUUCAAGCCAGGCUCAGCGUAAAUGGUACUCGAAAGUCGUUUCAAAGAUCACCUACGGCGGAUACAAACUUGGCGCUAACUCGGCCAACAUCUUGGUUCAAGACCGAAUUACAGGUCAGAUCAAUGAGGAACGCAUGGGUGUGUACGUAAGACUCGGAAUACGUCUGUUGUACAAGGGUUUCAAAUCAAGUACUAUGGAGAAGAAUCGAAUCCGCAAGCUUUUGAAGUCUCUCAGUAUCAAGCAAGGUAAAAAGUACGACGACCCAGCGUCUACUGCACAGAUUCAGGGUUUCAUCAACUUUCACCAGUUGGACAUGUCCGAAGUACUGCUACCGACGGAGCAGUUCAAGAGCUUCAACGAAUUCUUCUACCGCGCACUGAAGCCAAACGCGCGUCCUUGCUCGGCACCUGAUGAUCCACAAGUCAUCGUAUCGCCAGCUGACUGUCGCUCGGUGGUGUUCAAUACGCUAGAAAUUGCGCAGAACAUCUGGGUCAAAGGCCGAGAGUUCACAGUUGAACGUUUACUCGGGAAUGCAUACCCCGAUGACGUGAAACGCUUCCAAGGUGGCGCGCUGGGUAUCUUCCGGCUGGCUCCACAAGACUAUCACCGAUUCCAUAUACCAGUGGACGGAGUGAUGGACGAGCCGAAGCUUAUCGAAGGAGAGUACUACACGGUCAACCCAAUGGCCAUCCGGUCUGCAUUGGAUGUCUAUGGUGAAAACGUACGUGUCUGCGUGCCGAUAGACUCAGUCACACAUGGCAGAGUAAUGGUGAUCUGUGUUGGGGCUAUGAUGGUCGGAAGCACUGUCAUUACACGUAAAGCGGGCGAGAAAGUCAGUCGUGCUGAGGAGCUUGGCUACUUUAAAUUUGGUGGGAGUACUAUCCUGUUGCUCUUUGAGCCAGGUCAGAUGGUCUGGGAUGAGGACAUGGUCGAGAACUCGAAUGGGGCCCUGGAGACUUUGAUCCGUGUUGGCAUGUCAGUAGGACACAGCCCAGAGCGCGCACCGCAUACGCCAGAUAUGCGCAAAGCCAACCCAACAAACGAAGAGAAGCAAGAGGCCAAACGUCGCAUCGAAGGGAGUCUAGCACCAGAAGCGAAUCCGUCCAGCGGCAUCGGCAUUGUGAAUUGA